AUGAAAGGCUACAUUAUAGCCUUCGACAAGGGAAUUGAUAAUGAGAAAGAGAUGAAAGAGGUUAAGAGCUCCAUUUUGUCACUUGGCGGUCAAAUAGGUAGCGACUUCACGGUGAUCAACGGAUUCUCGUUUACAUUAGAAGAGAAUUCCUUGGGUCAAUUUAUGGAGGAGAAAAAGAAACAUGGUUGGAAGUUUACGUUGGAAGAGGACCGUGAAGUGCAUACAUUUGCUUAG